AUGAUCAUGAAAUUAAGUGUCUCGACUGCACAAUAUUACUUUAUAAACAUUAUAACUCCGAUUCUUCAUGAAUUAUCAGAAGAUGAAGAUUUAAUUAACAAGAAAAAGCUGAAACUUGCGAUUUUGAAACUUCUACAAAAUCUUGAUGAAACAGAUGAUAAUUAUGAACUUCUUACAGAAGCCGCAGAUAAUAUUGAAGAAGAUGAUGAUUAA